GAGCGGAGCGGCGCGGCGCGGAGCGGAGCGGAGCGGCUGUCAGUGAGGAGAGUCUGAGGGGGAGGAGGAGAGGAGGUAAACAAGAUGGCGACAACCUGAGUAGCAAGAAGAGAGUAACACGAAGAGGCAGAAAAAUUGUAAGUGAUAUACCAGAAAGACCCCCAAGGGAAACAUUUCGCUUCAGCCCAGGACCAGACACACACGGACGGAAUAAAGAGAAGCUGCAAACGGCAACAAGAUUCGCAUGGAAACAGGCACCUGGCAGUAGGAAUCCGUGCUGUGGCAUGGAGGACACCUGAGCACGGUUUUGGACACAUUGGAUGGCUCAGUUGACCUCCAGGAGCCGGGCUGACACUGCGUUUGGCUGUAGAUCUGUGCUUGGAUCCAGUCCAGCUCUACACACUUAUGCAUCCUGAGGAAAGCUAUGAUUUGAAGCAUGGACCUUUGACAAAAAUGCUGUGCUGCAUGGCCUUGAAGCAGGACUGGUUGCCUCUACCUUAGGCUGUAUGGUAUUAAAUUCCUUUAGAGGAUAUUGAGAGUUGAGCAGAGAAGAAGAACAUUUUAGAAUCACAAUUUUUCUUUCAUUUCUGUCACAGAUGUAGUACAAAACGCACAGUAUAGAGCACUAACUUGGCACUGGACCCAACAGAUCGUUCACCUCUGUUCGCACCUCAUUGAGAGAAAAGAGCCCUAAUGUUUACAAAUUGGGAUUGAUCCCCCACCUCCUCCCUCAACUCAGGCCUGAUUAUUCUCUCUCCCAUGUUCAGUAUUUUGUAAUUCAUCUGUAUUCCCAUCUUGUGGAAUUGAAACACUCGGCUCAGUGCUGAAAGGUUACCAGUGGAUUACUCUCCAGCAGCAAUCAUAGCUAUUUGCGAACGUUUUUUUGCACAGGAGGCUUAAGUUGUGACUGCCGAAUCAUCAGUCAUGAGUGUCGGCGAGCUGCAUCAUCUUGACUAUCUAAAUGAAAAUGAACUGAUGGAGAUGGAUACUUUCAUUCACCGCAUUGACUCUACAGAGGUGAUCUACCAGCCGCGGAGGAAGAGGGCAAAGCUGAUAGGAAAGUACUUGAUGGGGGAUCUGCUAGGGGAGGGAUCUUAUGGCAAAGUGAAAGAGAUGCUGGACUCAGAGACACUUUGUCGCAGGGCUGUGAAAAUACUGAAGAAGAAGAAAUUGAGGAGGAUUCCCAAUGGAGAAGCCAAUGUGAAAAAGGAGAUUCAGCUGCUAAGAAGACUCCAACACAAGAAUGUGAUUCAGUUGGUGGAUGUGCUCUACAAUGAAGAGAAGCAGAAAAUGUAUAUGGUGAUGGAGUAUUGCGUUUGUGGGAUGCAAGAAAUGCUGGACAGCGUCCCAGAAAAAAGGUUUCCAGUAUUUCAAGCUCACGGGUACUUUUGCCAGCUCUUAGAUGGCCUUGAAUAUUUGCACAGCCAGGGAAUAGUUCACAAAGACAUUAAACCAGGGAAUCUGCUGCUGACCACAGACGGGGCACUUAAAAUCUCCGACCUGGGAGUAGCAGAGGCCCUUCACCCAUUUGCAGAGGAUGACACAUGUCGCACCAGUCAGGGCUCUCCGGCCUUCCAGCCUCCAGAGAUCGCCAACGGACUGGACACCUUUUCAGGGUUUAAAGUGGACAUUUGGUCUGCUGGAGUAACACUAUACAACCUUACAACGAGUCUGUAUCCGUUUGAGGGGGACAACAUCUAUAAGCUAUUUGAGAACAUUGGAAAAGGAGACUACACUAUUCCCGAGGAGUGUGGACCCCUCCUGUCGGACCUGCUGCGAGGAAUGCUUGAGUACGACCCUGCGAAGAGGUUUUCCAUACAGAACAUAAGGCAACACAACUGGGUGCGUAAGAAACACCCUCCGUCUGAGCCCCCUGUGCCCAUCCCUGCCAACGCAGAGAGCAGGGAUCCCUGGCGGAGUAUGACGGUCGUGCCCUACCUGGAGGAUCUGCACGGCUACACAGAGGAGGACGAUGACGAGCUCUACGACCAAGAGGACGAGAUCAUAUACACUCAGGACUUCACAGUGCCAGGACAAGUGGCCGAAGAAGACGGGGAUCAGGGGCACGCAGACCACAGUCCAGCUCUAGCCAAGCCAGUUUGUGUGAACGGGACAGAGGGGGGGUCUCUGAACAGCAAGGCCAAAGCCGAACGCCGAUCCUCCUCUUCAUCCAACCCCUCGCGUAAAGGAGUGUCCACAGCCAGCAAGAUCCGCAAGCUCUCCACCUGCAAACAGCAAUGACCCCUCCCCUUCCUCCCUCGGCAACAACCCACCUGGUUGAUCUGUCCCCGUCCUUCUGUGUCCGGAGUCCUCACAGUUGUGAGAGAAACCUGCUGACGUUAAUGCCCCCCAUACCUCCUUGGACCACUGGCCUGCAGAGUCUUUUGAAGAUGCGGUAUGAGUGACGGGGAGGAGGAGGACAGCAUGAAAUGUUCUUUUUGCUCUGAGACUGAGGCACUGGCUGUGAAGAUUUUUUUUUUCCUCCCAUAUUUUGGCUCCAGUUCUGUCAUCUAGUCAUUUCCCCUCUCCAUCCUGUCAUCCUCUCAGGAGGGCCACCGGAUGUUAACGUUACAAACACCAUCACCCCUGUACCCCACCCAUCCACCCCCUCUACCCCACCUUCUGUUUCUUUGACUACCUUUUGUUUUUACAGAACCCUAAUGGCAGUUUUUAAGACACAUUGUGAUGUGUAAAAAAAAAAAAAAUUAAAGAGGAAAAAAAAGAUAACAAAAGUUAUGAAUAAUUCUAUAUUUAAAUCUAUAAUGCGAAUAAUUAUGAUAGUACUCUACUACCACCAACAUAAAAAACUGCAUGCUGUACAGAGCUGGAAGAAAGGGAAAGUGCUUGGUUUAUGGACAGACUGAAGCUUUGAGAUCCACCGCUGACCUGUUGGGGAUUUUUGAUUUCCAUUUAGGUUUUUUCUUUUCUUUUCUUUUUUCCAAUGAAUAUUUUUUAAUUAUUAUUUAUAUAAAAUAUGUCCCAAACAGGCUAUUUUGUUGGAUGAUCCUUUCUAUCAUGCACCUCAGUGGUUUAUGUCCUGUUUUUUAUAAUUUUUUCCUUUGAUGGGAAUACAUCCGUUUGUAGUUAGAUCCUAGAAUAUCAAGAGCCGAUGCCGCUCAGCUGCAAACGGUGUGCCGUUGCAAUCGCCUGUUUUCCAGCGAUGCUCUUUGUUGCGCCGCUCACAUCAGUGGAAGCCCCCCCCCUCUCUUACGCAGCCAGGCCCAUCAUCAGCCCCUCGCUGGGAAUAGAUCAGAGAGCAGGUGAGUCACAACUCUGAGGGAGGGAGAGAGCAGCACUUCCCACGUCAGCAAGGUCGACAGAGAGAUCCUCUGUUCAACAAGACACACGAGGAAGGAUGAAGAGAUGUGUCGCGUUAACAGGCUGAAGGAUAUUUCAGCGGUAUGAUUAGCAUGUCAGGGCCACCUUUUCCUUUCUCUUCUCAUGGUAAUGAUUCUGCCGUCAUGACAGUUUCACACACACACUACAUUAGCCUACAUGAAUCAUAUUACAACAGCAUAACAUCACAGGGUUGGGGAGUCCAUUUUUUCUGUUUUUUUUUUAUUCAGAAAAAUGUUCAGUCCAAAAUGAAUAUGUGCCUCAGUUGGUCCCACAAUGUCUAGCCUUUGUCAAGGCUGCGAGACAUUUGAAUUUUCUGCACUACUCGUUUUACAAUAAAACAGAUGGUUCACCAUGAAUGAGGACAAAGAUAUGAGUUUCAUAACAUGCACACAUACAUGUACCGCAGCUCAAACCCAAGUCUGUGUGAAAGGAAAUAAGGGACGAGCUGUACCUACCAUCGCAGUUUCCCAGGUGGCAUCGCACAUGAUAACACGCAGCAACGCUCGUAUGUUGAAGAGAGGCAAUUUGACACGAAUGCAGAAUAAUUACAUUUUACAUCCAUACUGGCAGAGAGCGAGGAAAGAAAGCUGUGAUUUUAACAUGUAACGACAGGAUAUUUGCAGAGUAUUACUUGACAGGUAGGGCUGCCUAUAUUGUAUAUUUUUCUCAAUGUCAACAAAUAAACAAAAAACCUACAAGGUG